AUGGUAAAAAAGAGCCCGAGUUCCACGCGAAUACUUCAGACACUAGAUCCCCGUACUUCGUUCAACGCCAGGCUCAAGCGUCGCUUUGGGAUUGCACAGCCCUUCUUCAUCACCGGUCAAUUCCCUUUUGUUGGCCGCGAAGGCUCAGCUCUCGAUGAGCAGAUGUCGUCUUCCGUCUCCGAGUACAUGGCCGAGCCGCCGGCUGGCCAAGGUCGAUUCGACGCCGGGACGGUCACGAUUGAAGCCCUGGCUUUGGGCGGCACGCUGACCUCGCUUUCCGUCAUUUUCGUUUGCCUUCGGGCGUUUACGAGGCUAUCUCUGGUCAAGAGGUCUUUUGGUCCCGAUGACUUAUGUGACCUCGGCGUGGGAGUUCACAUGUGGCAGGUCAAGCGUGCCGAUUAUUCUCCCUCGUUUCUGAUGCACAGCUUGAUUGCCAUCGCCGUCUACUCCCUCAGCGUCACGACGGCGAAGCUUUCCCUGCUCGUCCUCUACCUGCGUCUUUCGCCAGACCGAUGGUUCAGGCUCGUCACCAUGGCUCUCAUCGGCUUCGCUACGGCCUACGCCUUGGCGUAUCUGUUUCUGAUCGUUUUCGGCUGCAGGCCGAUACACGCAUCCUGGAUCCUUUCGGCGAGGGACUCGGCAAAAUGUAUCGACAAGAACAAAAUCUACCUCGCCCUCAGCGGAACCAACAUCAUCAUGGACGUCGUUUGCUUGGUGCUCCCCCUCAACAUCAUCAUCCCUCUUCAGAUGGCCACGAGGCAGAAAUGCUCCCUGAUCCUUCUUUUCGCCACGGGCGGCUUCGUAUGUUUCUGUGCCAUCAGACGCACGAUUCUCCUCCCGCCGCUGUUCAAGAGCACGGAUUACACCUUUGACGUGAAUAAGCAACUGAACUGGGCAUCGAUCGAGGUCAACGCCGGGGUUGUCUGCGCGUGUGUCCCGUCCCUCAAGCCGUUCUUCACGCGCUACCUGCCCAUGUUCGUCACCUCCCGCAUCACGGGCUCCAAGGACAAGAAGUCGAACCCGAACUACCAGGCCUACCAGGCCAACAACCCCUACUCUACGACGAUCGAGAACAACAAGAGGCGCCGCAACGUCCAGUCCGAGGCCUACGAGCUGCAUUCGAACGACGACCUCUCCCUCUGCUCGAAAGAGGAGCCAAAGAGCGGCGCGAACGAGGAUGUUGCGAAGCUGUGGUGCGGCCACGCGUUUCGGAACGACUGCCAAGGCCAUCGCGAGACCAUCAUCGAGUCGAGGCGGAGGGACGAGGACAGCAGCAGCAUGGACAGCGUUGGGGAGAUUCAGCCCGUGGCUGAUGGCAUUUCCCGCCCGAACCCGCCACAGCGGGUGGCAAGCCUGAGCAUCAGGGUCACGACAGAAACCAGGGUUGAGUACGAAAAGACAUGA